AUGUUUUACAACCUAACACUCUAUCCACUCCCAAACACGGUUGUUUCAUCGCCUUACGAUCCAUUCCACUCCGAUAUCCAGUUUCCUUCCAUUUCUAUUUACUUCAUCUUUCCGUCACUCUAUCGAUCCUUCUUCUCUACCCUCAUCACUCCAACAUUUUUCUCAUCUCUUAGCUUCGUUCCAGCAACGCCACAAUUAGAUGCAGAUGCAACGCAUUUCUCACGACCACGAAUCCCGUGUCCCUUUAGAGACGAAGGUGCAACGCAUUUCCCACGGUCACGAAUCCCGUGUUCUUUAGAGUUGAAGGGGCACCGAUAUUCUCACGACCACGAAUUCCUUAUCCCCUUAGAGAUGAAGGGGCACCUCAUCUCUCACAACCACGAAUACCGUAUCCCCUUAGAGAUGCAGGUGCAACGCAUUUCUCACGACCACGAAUCCCGUGUCCCUUUAAAGAUGAAGGUACAACACAUUUCUCACGACCACGAAUCCCGUAUCCCCUUUGAGAUGAAGGGGCACCACAUUUCUCACGACCUCAAAUCCCGUAUCCCUUUAGUGAUACAGGGGCACCGCAUUUCUCACGACCACAAAUCCCGUAUCUUCUUAGUGAUGCUGGGCCACUGCAUUUCUCACGACCAAGAACCCCGUAUCCCCUUAGAUAUGCAGGGGCACUGCAUUUCUCACGACAACGAAUCACGUAUACAAUUUUAG